GGAGUCAGAACCUUGGGUAUCUAAUUUGAUUGUUGUGGUCCAGAGCGUUCUGGUUAUUAGGCUGUUCUAGGAAUAGAUUGCGCUGCCCCCUGCUGGUGUAAAUCAUGCACUGCAGCCAGGUCAAUUUUCAACUUCCAGGAUCAUGUGUCAGUCAGGAAGGAUUCAGUUUCACUGCUGCACCAACCUUCUGCUGUCCCGCCCCAGGUGUCCAGCAGAACCGCAGUCGAACCAGGACUCCAGACAGUCCUGGAACGGUCGGGAUCAGAAGGGUCAAACAGCAGAGUAGUCAGAGCCAUGAUGACCAAACAGAGUUAAUCGUUGUGCUUUAAGACGUACUAGCUAUACUCAAGACUGUGGUUCUGACAGUUAUUUUGUGGUGAUGACAGACUCCGGGCUGGACUACAUUGAGCUGCUGCAACAUGAAGUCAACAAGAAUCCAGAUAGGCUGCUGGAUGUGGGGAAGGUGGAGGAUCAGGAGGAGGCCACUCCACCUUGCAGGACCCUCCCAGCUCUCUGCUCCAUCCCCCGGAGCCUGGUGAUCUCCCCCAGCCUCGGAGGAACACCGGUCACCCCCCAGCUGACAGAGAGCCUCAGGAGGAUUCUGUUCGGGGGAACGUUUCAUGUCUUCAACUACGAGUGGAGGAAAUCCUUCUUCCAGUUCAGAGAACCAGACUCUGAACUGUCAUACGCUCUGGAGGCCGACAGGGGUGGAGCUCGCGCUAUUCAGAUGGUCAUCCAGGCUCGCAUCAUCAAGUACCUGCUGUUCAGCCAACAAAGCAGCACAGACAGACGGACGCUGCACAGCCUCGGGCAGGUGGACCAGAGGGACCAAGAAAAGGCACUCGCAGCUGCACUUUCUGACAGCCUCUGGUUGGCUGGUCAGGAGGAGCUGGCCACCGUUACCUUGGUAACCGAGGACUACUGCAUCACUCCUCACUUGGAUUACAAGCUGGACAACUUCACGGAGAAGCUGCAGCUGUUCACCUUCGACAAGAAGGACGACGUCUGGAAGUUCAUCCUGGACCACAUUCAGUGUUUUAAAGAGGAGGGGAGUCAUGGAGUCAUCCUGUUCCUGUACAGCCUGAUCUGCUCCCGGACAGUCAACAGGCUGAUGGACGAUCUGGACUCCAAAACCUCCCAUCUGCUGCACCUCAGUCUGGGAAACUUUGUGUGUCAACAGGCUUUACUGAACCUUCUGCUGACGGGCAGAGCCAGUCCUCAUGUCUUUAACGGGACGCUGCAGUUUGGGGAGGACGGCCAACCUCUGGAGCACCCCCUGCAGGGAGUCCUGUCUCGCAGCGAUGUGGGUUACCUGCACUGGAGCCGGGAGCAAAUGGACCGAGGCGGGCUUCCUCAGGUGGGCAGUAUGCUAAAGACACCUAGGUAUCCGGUCUGGGUCUGUUGCAUCAACAGCAGCUACUCGGUUCUGUUCAGCCUAAACCGGUCCCUGCUGUCCGACUGGAGGAUGGAGCACCAGUUCAAGCUCUUCUAUUUCAACGGCCAGAACUGCCAGAGAGCCACAGCCCAGUUAGCUGUCGAUACUCAUUCCCACCACUGGGAGGCACUGUCUACAGAGGCAGACCCAGAGAAAAGAUUCCCGUCACUGGAGAUGACCAUCAGGACAAAGUGGGAUGGAGCCGCCAUUGACUGGAAUGGGAUUGACCCGUUCUACUGAGCAGAUAAAAGUCCCCCCCUGCUGGUGGGGUGGUGACCAAUCAACAGAACCUGAGGAUGAGGCGACCAACCAAAAAGGUUUCAUCCAAGGAAACAUCAAUCCAAGAGAAAAUGAGAAACUGCAUCAGUUUGUGUAUAAGGAGGGAAAUCGGCAGCAUCCAGGAAUUAUUUUCACUUUUAAAUAAAAACUGGUUUAAAUUUCGUA